UGAUGUAAACUGGGAGUGGGCGAAUCAGAGAACGGAUUCAUGCUCUCAUAGGGAUCAUAAAGAUGAUGGUGAUGAUGGGUUAGCAGCAAGAUCCAGACAUUAAUUAAGAAAAAAGGGUGCUAGCUAGGUUGGGAUUAAGAUUUAGAAUAUUAGAGGCUUGGAUUUUAAUGGAACUGAGAGGCGGCCCUGAUAAGAAAGUAGAGAUGCCUGCAAGCUCCUUGGGUUAUAAUAUUAAUAAUAACAGAGAAUUAUCAGCAUCAUCUUCCAAGCUCUCUUCUCAUCAUGCCCCCGCGAUUUCAACAGUUGAUUAUGAAAGAAGAGAUGGUGAUCGGGACGAAGGUCAAGCCCAAGAUCAACCUCACCAUCACCAUCGCCACCCUCAAUUGAAUUCCCAACAAGAUGCUGAAACACCAGCUGCAAGAGAUCAUCUAAACCCAGAUCCAGAUCCAGCUCCUUCACCUCCAAUUCCUGACGCCGCGCCCGGUGCAACAAUUUCGCAAAUUGUCGGCGGAUCACGGCCGAAGACGCCAUCGCCGCCACCGACAACCAAUGGCAGAGCCGCGAUUCGGUAUCGAGAGUGUCUAAAGAACCACGCGGCGAGCAUGGGCGGCCACGUCGUGGACGGGUGCGGAGAGUUCAUGCCCGCCGGAGAGGAAGGGAGCCCGGAAGCCUUGAAAUGCGCGGCGUGCAAUUGCCACCGGAAUUUUCACCGGAAAGAGGUUGACGGCGACUCGCAGCCCGGUGCUCCCACUUGCUACUAUUCCUAUAGCCCCAGCACCAAUAGUAACAGAUUAAUGAGAAGCACAAUGCUGCCGCCACCUCGUCAUCAACGACUGCCUCCGCCGUCACUUCCUCUUCAACCCCAUCCUCGCCAUAAGUACACUCAUGGGUUAUCUCAUAAUCCGCCGACGGUUCCGAUCCCGCCGAUGAUGGUGGCCUUCGGCAGCGGCGGUCCAGCGGAGUCUUCGAGCGAAGAUCUCAACGCGUUUCACGCCAAUGCCAGCCCGCAAAUGGCGAUGCAGCCGCAGCCGCAGCCGCAGUUUACGAUAUCGUCGAAGAAGAGGUUCCGGACGAAAUUCACGCCGGAGCAGAAGGAGAAGAUGAUGGAAUUUGCAGAGAAGUUGGAGUGGAAAAUCCAGAAACAAGAUGAAGAGCAAGUUCAGCAGUUCUGUUCUGAGGUGGGUGUGAAGAGACAGGUGUUCAAGGUUUGGAUGCACAACAACAAACAAUCCAUGAAGAAGAAGCAAUUGUAAGAUUACUACUUAUACAAUUAUAUAUAACAUGCAAAUUAAUGCAAGAAAAAAAAUUUAAUACCCAUUUAUUGGGAUUAUUAAUUAUUAUUGUUACUGAGAUAUAAGUGGUCACCAGUGGAUAAUAUUAGAUUAGUACUCGUGCAUAAAUGAACAGAAGAAAGAAGAUGGAAUAGAGAUCAGCCUCACUAUUUUCUGAAUUAAAUUUCAUGAUUUUGCGAGGAUGGAUCAGUGGUCUAAUUUUAUAUAUUAAUGUUAACUUCAACUUUUUGUUUUUCUUCAGCUUGAUCUGAUCAGUUCUUCCUGAUUGAUCUCUCAUCAGUAAAAUUACAUAAUAUUUGGCCAU